GGAACGAAUUGCGAAAUAUUCAGACCCGCAUUCGAUAUUGAGAUGUCAUUGAUCUAUUCAGCAGACUACAGCCCAGUUUCCGAGAGAUACCCAGCCGUGUUAUGUCUGCCAAACUGUAUUGUCCCUCAGGAAGAGGUCAUGUUGUAUAGGCGUUGACGUUGCUAAGGCUGCAGACAGCCGGUGAGAUGAAGCGCUCAGUCGUGUGUGUUGAGCAGUGUCUCAGUGUGUCAGACAAGGUAUGACUGGGAUUGGAUGUCAGGUGCUGGCAGUCUUGUCAGUCUUGUCAGGACUGGCGCGGGGAGUACCCGAGGAUGUGGCAGUGUUCCGCUACCCCGACGAGACAGAGCUGGUCGCCCGUUCAGCCAACUGUGUCAUCUGUUCGACCACGCCAGUGUACAGGAAUGGAGUAGCAUUCAGGACGGUCAAUGGCGGAGACGUAAUUGAGCUGGACUUCAUCUCCGUCGGGAUGGAGACUUCCAACUGUAGGCUGCACUUUAUCCGUGUAUACGAUGGCACUGAUUCCGACGCACCCCUUCUUAAAACGGUGUGUGAUUCACAGACAAUGAAAGUCAGAAGCACAGGGUCUACGAUGGCCUUGUACUACACUUGGUGGGACACCUCCUCCUACUUCCGGUUAAACCAUUACAGUUAUCAAGGUCCAAAUGCGUCCUCCUCGCCCUCGUUAUCGGGUCCCAAAAUCGUCGGCAUUGUCGUAGGUGUCAUAGUAGCCGUCAUUAUCAUUGCAGCAGUUAGAGUCUGUCUGACGAAAAAGAACAAAAGAAAGACACACUGCCAAAGAAACAGAAAGUCGAACAGCAUCCGCGCGUUGCCAGGUGCACCACCACCAGUUGCAGCAGCAGGACCUCCUGCCUUGUCCUACCCCCUCAACUACACCAACCACAACUCCGUCAACAACCAGCCCUCGCCAUUUGAGAAGGCAGCAAUACAAGGCUUGCAGAACUAUAGCGUUCCUCCCCCUGCCUUCCACUACACCGCUCCUCCACCCUAUGACCAACACGUAUCGUAUCCACCUACUGCCCAGCCGUAGGGUUGGUUGGUUGGUUUGUUGUUUAACGCCGCACUCAGCAAUAUUCCAGCUAUAUGACGGCGGUCUGUAAAAA